AUGUUAGAGUCUCUAGCCGCUAAUUUGCUAAACCGAUUAUUAGGCUCAUAUGUGGAAAAUUUCGAUCCUAACCAAUUAAAUGUUGGUAUAUGGAGUGGUGAUGUGAAGUUGAAAAACUUGAAACUAAGAAAAGAUUGCUUGGACUCAUUAGAUCUACCUAUAGACGUAAAAUCAGGGAUACUGGGCGAUUUGGUAUUAACAGUUCCAUGGUCAAGUUUGAAGAAUAAGCCCGUAAAGAUUAUUAUCGAAGACUGCUAUUUAUUAUGCUCCCCUCGGUCAGAGGAUAAUGAGAAUGAUGAAGAGAUGGUGAAGAGAGCAUUUCGGUUAAAAAUGAGAAAAGUGGCUGAAUGGGAAUUGACUAAUCAGGCCCGCAUACUGAGCAAUCAAUCGGAGAAUAAGACAUCGUCAUCUUCCUCAGGAAAAAACAAUACCGGGUUCAUGCAGUCCUUGACUACAAAAAUUAUAGAUAAUUUACAAGUCACCAUAAAAAAUAUUCAUUUGAGGUACGAAGACAUGGACGGGAUCUUCACGACGGGUCCUUCUUCUGUUGGGCUGACUUUGAAUGAGCUAUCAGCUGUAUCCACAGAUUCCAAUUGGGCACCAAGCUUCAUUGAUAUUACUCAAAAUAUCACGCACAAGCUACUAACUUUAAAUUCACUUUGUUUGUACUGGAAUACUGACUCUCAGCCUUUGAUUUCUGAUGGCGAUAAAGAUAGAAGUUUGGAGAAUUUUUUAACGAGUUUCAAAGAUAUGAUUGCAUCGAACGAUUCUACUGUUCCUAAGCAUCAAUACAUUCUGAAACCGGUUAGUGGGUUGGGGAAGCUUAGUAUUAACAAGCUCGGUUCCACGGAGGAGCAACCACAUAUUGAUUUGCAGAUGUUCUAUGAUGAAUUUGGUUUAGAACUAGACGAUACGGAAUACAAUGAUAUCUUACAUGUCUUAUCUAGCAUCCAGUUAAGACAAAUUACCAAGAAAUUCAAAAAAGUCAGACCAUCUUUCGCAGUCAGUGAAAACCCAACAGAAUGGUUCAAAUAUAUCGCCAUUUGUGUUGUUAACGAAAUUCAUGAAAAGAAUAAAAUGUGGACUUGGGAAAGUAUGAAGGAGAAAUGUGAGCAACGGAGGUUAUAUACAAAAUUAUGGGUUGAAAAAUUAAAAUUAAGAAAUUUGGAAACUCAAUUACGUGACUCCGAUCAAGAGGCUCAACUGUCUGAACUGCAUAAAUAUUUAACGUACGAUGAAAUUGUUCUCUUUAGGUCUGUUGCUAAGAGACAGUACGCGCAAUACAAACUGGGCAUGAGUGAAGAUUCGCCCACGCCCACUGCUAGCUCCAAUAUUGAACCGGAAACUUCCAACAAGUCUACAACAAAAGGUAAUGGAGGCUGGCUCUCUUCAUGGUGGAAUGGUAAACCUGCCGAUGAAGUAGACGAAGACUUAAUAAUGUCAGAAGAGCAACGUCAAGAGCUUUAUGAUGCUAUCGAAUUUGACGAGAAUCAAGAAAAGGGUCCUGUACUGCAGGUACCUAGGGAUAGGGUUGAACUUCGUGUAACAAGUCUACUAAGAAAGGGUUUAUUCACUAUACGAAAGAAAAAGCAAAACUUAAAUCUGGGUUCUAUUAUUUUUGAGAAUUGUAAAGUCGAUUUUGCCCAAAGACCAGAUUCAUUUUUAUCGAGCUUCCAAUUGAACAAAUUUAGCCUGGAAGAUGGCUCGCCUAACGCAUUAUAUAAACAUAUUAUCAGUGUUAGGGGUGCAUCUAAAGAUCAAUCUUCAAAUGACCGUCUCGUUUCCGGAGGGAAAGAAGAAGAGGAAGAACCUUUAUUGCGUGCUUCAUUUGAAUUAAAUCCACUAGAUGGGUUAGCCGAUUCGAACUUGAACAUCAAAUUAUUAGGAAUGACUGUGUUUUAUCAUGUCCAUUUCAUUACAGAAGUUCACAAGUUUUUUAAGGCGUCAAAUCAACACAUGGAAACGAUCGGUAAUAUAGUUAACGCUGCAGAAGCAACUGUAGAGGGUUGGACUACACAAACAAGAAUGGGUAUAGAGUCCUUGCUAGAGGAUCACAAAACUGUAAAUGUAUCCUUAGAUUUGCAAGCACCGUUGAUCAUAUUACCGUUGGAUCCGCAUGAUUGGGAUACUCCUUGUGCAAUCAUCGAUGCCGGUCAUAUCUCUAUACUCAGUGAUUUAGUACCAAAGGAGAAGAUAAAGGAAAUAAAGCAGCUAUCACCGGAAGAGUAUGACGAGAUUGAUGGUAACGAAAUAAAUAGACUAAUGUUUGACAGGUUUCAAAUCUUAUCCCAGGACACUCAGAUAUUGGUCGGUCCUGAUAUUCAGUCGACUAUAGGUAAAAUCAAUACCACCUCAUCAACGAAUGACUUUAGAAUCCUGGAUAAGAUGAAAUUAGAACUAACCGUGGAUUUAUCAAUACUGCCUAAAGCAUAUAAAUUGCCCACCAUAAGGGUUUUUGGUCAUUUACCGCGCUUAAGUCUUUCCAUAAACGAUAUUCAAUACAAAACUAUUAUGAACUUGAUUACAAGUUUCAUACCUUCUAUGAUUGAUGAUGAUGAAAACAACAGCGACUAUAUUAAUUACUCCUCUUCUAGUUCCGAACAAGAAAUAAAGAAACAAAUUCAAUUGCAAUUGAAGAAUACAUUGAAAGUAUUAGAAAAUAUGCAGCCACUUCAAAUUGAACAAAAAUUUUUAGAACUUCAUUUUGAUAUCGAUCAAGCUAAGAUAGCAUUUUUUCAAUGCAUCAAGAAUGAUUCUAGAGACAGCGAAAAGCUGAUUGAUAUUUUGUGUCAAAGAUUGAAUUUUAAUUUUGAUAAAAGGGCCAAAGAAAUGAAUUUGGAUUUAAGGGUACAUUCAUUGGAUGUUGAAGAUUUCAUUGAGCAGUCUGCUAACAAGGAAUUCAAAAACUUGAUAUCUUCCGGCGUUGAGAAAGUGACAAGGUCCCCAAAGGAUUUGUUUACGCUAAAGUACAAGAGAAUCCAAAGAAUUGUAUCUCAUAACGAUACUUUGAUUGAGUUGUUUGAUCAAGAUAUUGUCAUGCAUAUGAGCGAAUUGCAGUUGGUAUUAACACCAAAAUCUGUCUUAACUUUGAUGAAUUAUGCAAUGCUUACUUUUACGGAUCCGAAUGCUCCAGAAAUGCCUGCCGAUGCCUUAAGACAUAAUAAAGAAGAUAGGGAGGACGCACCACAAAAAAUCAAUAUGAAGAUCAAAAUGGAGGCUGUCAAUAUUAUUUUAAAUGAUGAUUCCAUUAAGCUAGCUACGCUAGUCCUGUCAGCGGGUGAGUUUAUGAUGGUUCUUCUACCGGAAAAAUAUAGCGUUAAUCUAAAUUUAGGCGGAUUGGAAUUAACUGAUGAAACAAAUGAAUCAUUUUCCAGGGAUUCGGUGUUUAGAAAAAUAAUUCAAAUGAAAGGCCAGGAAUUAGUCGAGCUGAGCUAUGAAUCAUUUGAUCCAGCCACUAAUACCAAAGAUUAUGAUUCAUUAUUAAAAUAUUCUACUGGCUCUAUGCAUGUUAAUUUCAUAGAAAGUGCUGUUAAUAGAAUGGUUAACUUCUUCGCUAAAUUUCAGAAAUCCAAAGUGUCCUUUGAUAGAGCACGUCUUGCAGCGUACAAUCAAGCACCCUCUAUUGACGCCGUAAAUAACAUGAAGAUGGAUAUUGUAAUUAAGGCACCUAUCAUACAAUUUCCUAAGUUAACGGGUGCACAGGAGAACGAUUACGAUACGAUGAGAUUUUACCUUGGUGAAUUCUUCAUCGAAAACGUAUUCUCUGUGAUCGAUGAAUCUCACAAAAUAAACCAUAUCAAACUAGGUGUUCGUGAUGGUCAAUUAUCCUCUAAUUUAAAUUUUAAUGGUUAUAGUCAACAACUAUAUUUGGUCGAAAAUAUAGGUUUACUAUUCAAUAUAGACCGAGAUCCACUUCCAUCAGACGAUGCUCCAGAACUUAAGGUAACGAGCAAUUUUGAAUCGUUUGCACUGGAUUUGACUGAAAAUCAGUUGGCUUACUUAUUAGAAAUUUCCAGUAAGGUCUCCUCUGCAUUCAACAUCACAGACGAAGACUCUGGUACAUCAAGAGUUAAAGACGCUGCUGUAGACCCCUCUUCGAAUCAUGUUUCUGUCAGUAGCGAAGGUGAACGCAUAACCACUCCUCAGUCUCUACAAGAACCGAAUGAAAGCAAUCUAAAGAAUCCAGACCAGAAAUACUUGGACUUUUCUUUCAAGGCUCCAAAAAUCGCCCUUACUCUUUAUAAUAAAACAGAGGGUGUUACUUCUUUAAGUGAUUGUGGUCUAACAAGGGUCAUGUUUCAAGAUAUGGGAUGCAACCUUGGUAUAAAGAAUGACGGAACUAUUGAUGGUCAGGCACAUGUUUCUGCCUUUAGGAUAGAAGAUAUUCGUAAUAUUAAGGAUAAUAAGCAUACAGAAUUGAUACCUAAGAGUGAGAAUAAAGAAUAUCAAUUCGUGGCAAAUAUUUCAAGAAAAAAUUUAGAAGUCGGGCGCCUUUUUAACAUUUCAAUGACAAUGGAUAGUCCAAAAAUGAUACUAGCGAUGGAUUAUUUGGUAUCUCUCAAAGAGUUCUUUGAUGCGAUCAUGACCAACAGUUCCGAAAACAAUCAAUACUAUCCUGAAAACACAAAUCAGAAGCCUAGAAAUAAAGCUGUUGUGGAAGGCAUGGAAGAAAAUAGUGGUGGAACCAAAAUACAGUAUUCUGUUAAUAUCAUUGAAACAGCUCUAAUCUUGCUUGCUGAUCCUUGUGACAUGAAUAGUGAAGCUAUAUCAUUCAAGAUAGGGCAGUUCUUGAUAACUGACCAGAAUAUCAUGACUGUUGCAGCCAAUAAUGUUGGCAUCUUUUUGUUCAAGAUGAAUUCAUCUGAAGAGAAACUGAGAUUGUUGGAUGAUUUUUCAUCUUCCUUGACAAUUGACAAAAGAAACUCAACACCACAGACUUUAUUAACUAAUAUACAACUUUCCGUUCAGCCGUUGUUAAUGCGUAUUUCACUUAGGGAUAUUCGUCUGGCUAUGGUGAUAUUCAAGAGAGCCUCCACCUUACUAAACAAGAUGAGGGAAAAAGAACAUAAUGUAACGGAAGAUGAGAGCACAGACAAGAUCCAAUUUUCUCAUGAAUUUGAAAGAAAGUUGGCAGUGUUAGAUCCAAGCAUUUUGGGAGAGCGCAGCAAGCCUAGCCAGAGCUCAGAUAUUGAAUCUAUUGAUGUGCCCUGUGCUAUUUUGAAAAAUGAAACCUUCAAUGCUGAUUUAGGUGGUUUGAGAUUUAUUUUAAUUGGUGACGUUCACGAAAUGCCAAUACUAGACAUGAACGUGAAUGAAAUCACCGCCUUUGCUAAGGAUUGGUCUACUGAUUUUGAAGCUCUUGCUUCUUUAGAAACCUAUGUUAACAUAUUCAACUAUUCAAGGUCCAGCUGGGAGCCGCUUCUGGAGAUGAUUCCUGUAACAUUCCACCUAUCAAAAGGGCAUUCUGAAAUGGAUCCUGCGUUUUCUUUCGAUAUUUUAACUCAAAAAAUCGCAGAAAUUACACUUUCUGCCAGAUCGAUCGCUAUGCUUUCUCAUAUUCCUGCAUCUCUAACAGAAGAGCUGCCCUUAGCCUCCAGAGUGUCUCAGAAGCCAUAUCUAUUAAUAAACGAUACAGAGUUGGAUUUUGAUGUGUGGAUACAGGACAGUACAACAGAAGGUAACAGAAAUAACGUUGUGGUUCUAAAAGCAAACACCUCGUUGCCUUGGGAAUUCGAAGAUUGGAGAAGUAUAAGAGAAAAAUUGAAUAUUGAUAAAUCGAAGAAUAUUCUUGGGGUUUGUGUUUCUGGACAAGAUUAUAAAAGUGUCAUGAACAUCGAUGCCACUACCGAAGGAGAAAACUUACAUGUUUUGAGCCCACCGAAGAAUAAUGUGCAUAAUAGAAUCGUCUGUGAGGCUAAAUGUGAUGAGAAUAAUGUGAAGAUUAUUACAUUCAGGUCCACUCUAGUCUUGGAAAAUACAACUUCGACUGAAAUUGAACUCUUGGUUGAAUCAAAAGAUUCAAAUAAACCAUCUUUGAAUUAUGUCAUUAAGCCACAUGAAAGUAAAUCUGUUCCUGUAGAACAUGCUUACAGUUCUGAUAUUAGGAUCAGGCCUGUAUCAGAAGAUUUAUAUGACUGGUCACGACAGACACUUUCUUGGAAAGAUCUGUUGAGUAAUCAAAUGUCUAUAUUCUGUUGUUCAAAGGAACAGUCUGAUCAAAGAUUUCAUUUUGAAGUUGGUGCAAAGUAUGACGAAAGGGAGCCAUUGGCGAAAAUAUUCCCUCAUAUGAAAAUAGUAGUUUCAGCAUCUCUUAUAGUCGAAAAUUUACUUCCAGCCGAUAUCAAUUUUUCUAUUUUCGAUAAAAGAGAGGAAAAGAGAACAGAUUUCCUGAAGACUGGAAAGAGUAUGGAAGUUCAUCAUAUAUCCUUGGAUAGCUUUCUGCUGAUGGCUGUUCAACCUUUACAAGACGGGGCUUCAGCUUCAAAGCCCUCUAUUGUUAACACACCACACAAGAGUCCUCUGAACCCAGAAGACUCAAUAUCUUUGACCCUGUCUGGAGGUCAGAAUUUGUUGUUGAAACUGGACUAUAAAAAUAUCGACGGUACGAGGUCAAAAGUUAUAAGGCUAUACUCUCCUUAUAUCAUUAUGAAUGCCACUGAUAGAGAACUAUACAUUCAAAGUACUCUCUUAAAUGUUGCACAAUCCAAGAUUCUGCUUGAAAACGAAAAACGGUAUACUAUUCCGAAAAUGUUUUCCUUCGAAAAAGAAGAUGAUAAGAGUAACAGAGCCCGUAUUAGGUUCAAAGAAUCAGAAUGGAGUUCCAAGUUAUCAUUUGACGCUAUUGGUCAAUCAUUUGAUGCAUCUGUUAGCAUAAAAAGUAAAGAACAAGAAUCUAAUCUAGGUAUUAACAUUAGCGAAGGUAAGGGGAAAUACUUACUAAGUAAAGUUAUCGAGAUUGCACCAAGAUAUAUUAUAAGCAACACUUUGGACAUUCCUAUUGAAGUUUGUGAGACAGGAUCUAUAGAUGUCCAGCAAAUAGAAUCAAACAUCACUAAGCCUUUAUAUAGAAUGAGGAAUAUUGUCGACAAGCAAUUAGUAGUGAAAUUCUUAGGUGGGGAUUCCGAUUGGUCGCAACCAUUUUUUAUCAAAAAUGUUGGUGUAACAUAUUUGAAGGUUUUAAAAAAUUCAAGUCACAGGCUUUUGAAGAUUGAAAUUCUUUUGGACAAAGCCACAAUAUUUAUAAGAAUCAAGGAUGGUGGUGGUAGAUGGCCAUUUUCUAUAAGAAAUUUCAGUGAUCAUGACUUUAUAUUCUAUCAGAGAGAUCCUCGAAGGGUUAGUGACCCAUACAAGGAUGGCCAGUCUAAUGAAUCUUCGAACCGGAAUUUCAAGCCAAUAUUCUACAGGAUUCCCUCAAAGAGUAUUAUGCCAUAUGCGUGGGAUUUCCCUACAGCUAAGGAGAAAUAUCUGGUGUUAGAAUCGGGUACUCGUACAAGAGAAGUUCGACUUGCAGAGAUUGGUGAACUGCCACCGUUGCGGUUGGACAAAAGAUCAAGGGACAAGCCAGCUCCUAUUGUCGGAUUACACGUUGUCGCUGAUGAUGACAUGCAAGCUUUAGUUAUUGUUAAUUACAAAGCCAAUGUUGGGUUAUACAAAAUGAAAACUAGCUCCGCAAUUAGCACUUCUUCAGUUUCAGUGAAUAGUUCAGUGACAGAUGGCUUUGUGCAAAAGGAUGAGGAUGAAAAGGUUAACACACAAAUUGUCGUUUCGUUUAAAGGUGUUGGAAUUUCUUUAAUUAAUGGACAUUUACAGGAACUUCUUUAUAUUAAUAUGAGAGGGAUUGAAUUGAGAUAUAACGAAUCUAAAGCAUACCAGACAUUCAGUUGGAAAAUGAAAUGGAUGCAAAUUGACAACCAACUAUUUUCAGGAAACUACUCGAAUAUUCUUUAUCCGACAGAGAUUCCUUACACAGAGAAGGAAAUUGAGAACCACCCUGUAGUAUCAGGCUCUAUUUCUAAAGUCAACGAUUCGCUCCAAGCUGUCCCAUACUUCAAACAUGUGACAUUACUGAUCCAAGAAUUCUCUAUACAAUUAGAUGAGGAUAUGCUGUAUGCUAUGAUGGAGUUCAUCAAAUUCCCAGGAUCGCCAUGGAUUAUGGAUUCGAGAGAGUACAAAUACGAGGAAGAAAUUCAGCUACCUGAUGUUUCUGAAUUGAAAGCGGCAGGCGAUAUCUAUUUCGAGAUCUUCCAUAUUCAACCAACCGUCUUACAUCUUUCUUUUAUACGCUCUGACGAAAUUAGUCCAGGCCUGGCUGAAGAGACUGAAGAAUCAUUUUCUUCAUCAUUGUACUAUGUGCAUAUGUUUGCUAUGACACUAGGUAAUGUUAAUGACGCACCAGUUAAAGUUAAUUCUCUGUUUAUGGAUAACGUAAGAGUUCCUUUACCAAUAUUGAUGGACCAUAUUGAAAGACACUACAGUACUCAAUUUGUGUACCAAAUUCACAAAAUUCUAGGAUCUGCAGAUUGUUUUGGUAAUCCGGUAGGUCUUUUCAACACAAUUAGUUCGGGUGUCUGGGAUUUAUUUUAUGAACCAUACCAAGGUUACAUGAUGAAUGAUAGACCUCAAGAAAUUGGCAUACAUUUAGCCAAGGGGGGGCUAAGUUUUGCAAAGAAGACAGUUUUUGGUCUUUCCGACAGUAUGUCUAAGUUUACAGGGUCAAUGGCAAAGGGCUUGUCGGUAACACAAGACUUGGAAUUCCAAAGAGUGAGAAGAUUACAACAAAGAAUAAAUAAAAACAACAGGAAUGCCUUGGCAAACUCAGCGCAAUCCUUUGCUAGUACUCUGGGAAGCGGUUUGAGCGGCAUUGCAUUAGAUCCGUACAAAGCCAUGCAAAAGGAAGGUGCUGCUGGUUUCCUCAAAGGUCUCGGUAAAGGUAUCGUUGGAUUGCCAACCAAAACAGCUAUUGGGUUCUUGGAUCUCACAAGUAAUUUAAGUCAAGGCGUGAAAAGCACAACCACGGUGCUUGAUAUGCAAAAAGGUUGCAGAGUACGUUUACCAAGGUAUGUGGAUCAUGACCAAAUAAUAAAACCUUAUGAUUUACGUGAGGCUCAAGGGCAGUAUUGGCUCAAGACCGUUAAUGGAGGAGUAUUUAUGAAGGAUGAGUACCUGUCGCACGUUAUAUUGCCUGGCAAAGAAUUAGCGGUGAUUGUGUCCAUGCAGCACAUUGCCGAGGUACAAAUGGCCACACAAGAACUAAUGUGGAGUACAGGAUACCCCUCUAUUCAGGGAAUUACUCUGGAAAGAUCCGGUCUUCAGAUCAAACUCAAGUCUCAAUCCGAAUACUUUAUUCCGAUUAGUGAUCCUCAAGAACGUCGCUCUCUGUAUAGGAACAUUGCCAUUGCUGUUAGAGAAUACAAUAAGUAUUGUGAAGCCAUACUGUGA